AUGGACAGAGUGGCUUUUGCAGGUCAGAGGAACGUAGACACAUCAAGGCACAGUGUGAUUAACAGUGUGAAGUUUAUCGAUCACUUUUCAGAUGCUUUUGGCUCUGUCACCAAGUACUCCACCUUCAGGAGCAACUUCGUGAAGAGGCCAUCUGCAGAGAUUCCUGUGGCCAGCAACCCCAUCACCACCACCAGAGGGCAGCCAAGCCCAGCCGGGACCAGGAAGCCGGUUCCUCUGCGCAGGAAGGGUCUCUUUCCCUCAGACACCCCUGACUCUUCAUCAGUGGUGAAGGUAGCGCCAGCAGCAGACACCCUAAGGCUCAGUGCCGUUGAAGAUCUGCUGAAGACGAAGAAGCUGCAACACCUUGCGCACCUUUGGGCUUACACCAUUGAUACCUCGGAUUCUGAUGACGAACGCCAGCUUUGGUUCUGCGGGCACAUGAGCUUCAUCUGGGCCCUUCGCAGAGACUUCAGGCCAAUCUUCUUCCGAAGGCGCUUCACCUUCAUCUCUGCGAAAUUCCUUCGCUUUUUCUUCAGGGUUCCCGGCGCAGCAGGAACCUUUUUCUUCUCCGGCACAGCCUCCAUGGUUCCAGUCUGUAGAGGUGGAGUCAGAGAUGAAUCCUUCCACCUUAGGAGGUUCAGCAGCAUCCGCCAUUCCAUAUGCCACCUGGAGGUGGAGCUUCAUCUCAUGAGUCUUUGAAAUGACUACUCAGUGGCUUCUCGCCCCUGGGGAAUAAUUUCUGAGAGGGGCGUCUGCCCUCAGCUGGGAGAGCUGCUGCAGCGGCAGACUUCUAUGUACAUCACCCUGGCCAUGGAGUGGUCUCCCUGGCAAUCUGAGGUCCUUGCCCUUAGAGGAGGAAUGAAGGAUGGACGCCUACAUGUUUUCAGUGUAAAUAUUGAGAAGUACAUUCAGAUUUCAAACACACACUCUCAGUUUUGCUCCCUCACCUGGCUACCUAAGACAAAGGAGAUUGCCCCAGGCCAAGGUGCUGCAACGAAGGAUGCGGCUCUGUGGGCCUGCCCCACCCUGUUCAGGUUCAGGGUUUUUUUUGGUUACCGAGGCAGAGUGCUGCCCCUGGUUCUGAGUUCAGAAGACACCCUCUUGUUUUCUGCUGCCGCAGAUGGGGCCGCUUGUGUGUGGAAGGGCCACUAG